GUUCGCAGGCAUCACUGUCAUCUCUUUUCUUCCGCGUUCAUCUAUUCACUCAAACUGAUCACAUCGCAGACCUUCGCUGGUUCUGUCGCCGACUUCGGGUCUUUCAAAGUUGAUCUCACCCUUUCGAAGUACCUUCAGAUCCCAUCACCUCACAGCUUUUGCGCCUCACCUAAGCAAUCACCUCCCCCUUACUAUUCAUCCACAAUGUCUGCUGAAGAAGAUCUCAUCGAUUAUUCCGACGAGGAGCUCCAAGCCACCGAAGCCCCAGCCGCCGGCGCGACCAAUGGAGCCGCAAAGAAAGGCGACCUGACCGUUACUGGUGGAAAGACAGGAGACAAGGGCAAAGGCAGUUAUGUCGGCAUCCAUUCAACAGGUUUCAGAGAUUUCCUGCUCAAGGGCGAAUUGCUCCGAGCCAUCACCGACUGCGGUUUCGAACAUCCUUCGGAGGGUUAGUCAUUCAUUCUUGCAAGCAAAUAUCCCUCCACGUUCUUCCUGCUGCGAGAGUCCGUCCAUCUCCAAGAUCAAGAAAGCAUAAAUUCAAGAAAGAUAUACGCGUUUGCAAAGUUGUCUCAUACGGUAUCCGAUGCUGCGGGCGGAAAAUGACAAGCAAGGAUCCUUUCGGUCACCUUCGGGUUCAUCUUGAUGCUAUGCCAGCAAACGCGAUCCUACACCCGACUGCGAGAGCAGUGAGGGUCUAUGGCUUCGCUUCUGCGAUCGGAUUGACAUGCUGAGAAUGCUGUCAAUAUCGGUGCGCAUGUUCUGGCCGAUAUUGCGCCUUCGAGGUAACAUUCGAGUGGCACAGCGUCUCUGAGGUGGGGCUGCUGGUAGUUGCAAAAGAACCGGCUUUGAUUUCCUAAAGAGGAGGAACACGGCCUAUACUAUGCUACGAUCAAGGAGAUGGAUGGACCGACCUGCCAUGCUGUUUCGUCGUCUUACAAAUUCAUUGGCCGAACAAGUCUAACAUCCCCGAUUACUGCAGUCCAACAAAAGUGUAUUCCGCAAGCUCUUCUCAGCACCGACAUUUUGUGCCAAGCCAAGUCUGGUCUUGGUAAGACUGCGGUCUUUGUCUUGACGACAUUGCACCAGCUUGAGCCAGUCCCUGGAGAAUGUUCCGUCCUGGUCAUGUGUCAUACUCGAGAAUUGGCCUACCAGAUCAAGAACGAAUAUGCACGAUUCAGCAAAUAUCUGCCAGAUGUGAAGACCGCUGUCUUUUACGGCGGUACACCUAUUCAGAAGGAUAUCGAGCUCCUCAAGAACAAAGAGACGUUCCCCAACAUCAUUGUCGGCACUCCUGGUCGAUUGAACGCACUGGUCCGUGACAAGGUCCUAUCUUUGCGAAGCGUCAAGUGCUUUGUUCUCGAUGAAUGCGACAAGAUGCUGGAGCAAAUUGAUAUGCGUCGUGACGUCCAGGAGAUCUUCCGAUCGACUCCAACCGAGAAACAAGUCAUGAUGUUCAGCGCCACUCUACCUAAGGAGAUCCGCCCCAUUUGCAGAAAGUUCAUGAGGCAUCCUCUCGAGGUCUUUGUCGACGAUGAGACCAAACUUACCCUGCACGGUCUGCAACAAUACUCAAUCCGACUCAGCGAAGGCGAGAAGAACCGAAAGCUCAAUGAUCUCCUCGAUAAUCUUGAAUUUAACCAAGUCAUCAUCUUCGUCAAGAGCACCAUUCGGGCCACCGAACUCGACAAGUUGCUUCGCGAAUGCAAUUUCCCAAGUAUUGCAGUGCACUCGGGAGUCAGCCAAGAGGAGCGUAUCAAGCGGUACAAGGAGUUCAAGGAGUUCAACAAGCGUAUCUGCGUCGCCACCGACGUUUUCGGACGUGGUAUCGAUAUUGAGCGCAUAAAUCUGGCCAUCAACUACGACUUGCCGCUCGACGCUGACUCAUAUCUCCACCGUGUUGGUCGUGCUGGUCGUUUUGGUACCAAGGGUCUCAGUAUCUCAUUCGUCGCCAGUGAAAAGGAUGAAGAGGUGUUGCAGCAGAUCGAGGAGCGCUUUCAGGCGAAGGUUCCUCCAUAUCCUGAGGGUGGUGUUGAUUCAAGCACCUACAUGGCUUCUUAAGUUGUGAAAAGUCGACCCUCUGUUUCCAAGAAACUUUCCUCAACUGUGUGACAAUACUGGUGGUACUAGGCUAGGUUGAAAGGUGGAAAGCAAGGGAAAUUGAGAAAGGGAGCCUUUUAACGUUGAACACUCGACGGACAAAAGCUUGCAUAACUAUCAAUGUGUUCAGUCUUAGUCAGUGCUUUCUGAAUCAAAAUGACGCUUCUAGAUUA